AUGGUCGAAGGACUCCCUCAAGGCCACGCUGUACAAAGCACGAUGCCCCAGCAUAGCGAGACACCACCAUCUGCAAACACGACGACACAAGACGUCAAUGCAGGACCGUCCGCCAUCACGAUACCACCACAAGCGGAUGCAGCGGUAUCUGCAGGCGCGAUGCCACCACAGAACACGAACACGACGACCUCUGUACAUACGCCCCCACAGCCCACGGACACCGUGGGCUCUGCAAGCACGAUGCCGCAACACACAAUUGAGGUGACCUCUGCAGGUACGGCGACGGAGACAACGAGUCAGAAGAGAAGAGCCUCCCUAUCUCGCACCCUUUGGACUGUCCUUGGGAUGUUCUUCCUCGCUUGGGUCUUCGCAGAGGUCUUCUCGUCGGCCUAUACCGUGCCGUUCAUGGUCUACGAAGAUGGCACCAUAGUUCGGUCCAACUUUUCCCAUGAUUCACGGUCACUGGACUGCCGAUUACGUCCUAUCAAACUGGAGUCCUACGAGAUGAUCCAUGUCUGCCGCUCGCCGUGGACGAAUAGCAGACCAGUCAGCGAUAAGAAUCCCAUCGUGCUCCAAGCCAGUGAUGAAGACAUGGCUCAGAGCUGGGCAAUCUGGACCCACGAGCAGCGGCAGAAAGAUGUGACAACCACAUCAUCACUCGAAGCAGCGCAUGACGAGAACACCCCAACAUCACCACUACAGAACACGAAUACGUCACCAUUACCAUCACAGACUAGCACAGCUACACCAAUGCUGCCACCGCCGCAGAAUACAACGUCGACAGCGUCCACAUUAGCGCAGAACACGACUCCAACAUCGCUACCACUAGAGGAAACAAUGUUAUCACCACCACAAAAUACAACAACACUGAGUUCAUCAGCCGAAUCACUGCAGACUACCACUUCCGCACCACUGCCCUUACAGCAAACGACAUCAGUGCCGUCAAUGCUAUCUAUAGUGAUGGCGACAAUGACCACGUCGGCGCCCCAAAAAAUGGUGACCAUCACAUUGACACUGCAGGAUACGCCUCCGGAAUCGUGGCCUACGUGGCCAUUCCGAGAAGAAGAGGAAGCCCGGGUGAAAGAGCUGGUAACGAUACGCAGAGACCUGGAGACCAUUAGAGGGUUUUUGGCCCUUUCAUUGGCCUGUUUCUUCUUAAUGUCCGGCAUGUGUGCGAUCAUUAUUUUCCUUAGACGUCAAAGCUCGGACGGUGCAGCCAGUCAGCAACAAGACCUCGAGAGCGGCAGACAACCGACUUCGUCCUCGGACUCGGCUGCCUCCGAAGAGGCUGGGGAAGAGGUAGUCUUCGAAGCAGAUGACUCCGUUGACGACAGCGACUCGGUCGAGACGACGGAAUCGGUGGAGACUGACAUCUCAGAAGAGACGGAGAAGUUGCUUGCUGCUGAGCGAGCCGUCAGCGUGGCGAAGUAA